AACAGGUCCUACUGUUGAUUUGGCUGUAGUUGAGCUGCUUAUUUUUAUUUUGUUUAGUAAUUUAGGAAAAACAUAAGUAUAAGAAAACAGUGUCUAAACUAGAAUAAUUUUGAGAAAGCAGGCCGACACUCCACAAAAACAACAAGUACAAUUACAAUAACGCUUUUGGCUUUGGUUCUGCACUUUUACCCACUUCCCAAAACCUCCCAUAAGCCUUUCUUUACUUACCCCGACCCCCAUCCACCUGCCCUAAAUUACAAACGCACUUGAUUUGUUUCUGAAGAAACCCAAAAGCAAUGUCGGAUCUCUUUACCACUUUUGAUAGCAACGGCGACGCCGAGCACCACCUGCACCACAACCACAACUCCACAUCGUCCGGCAGCGGGCACUACCACGACCCACCCAUGGCCUCGCCCUCCCAGCACAGUCCGAUGACCAACAACAGCAACUCAUCCUCGCAGAACGGCGGUCCGGUUUCCGGUUUGGGCACGGGUACGGGCACCCCAUCCGGUGUUAGCAAGUCAUCCAAUCACACAGCAUCCGCCGCCGGCUCCGAAAAUACCCCCAUGCUCACCAAGCCGCGUCUCACGGAGCUUGUCCGAGAGGUGGACACCACCACGCAGCUGGACGAGGAUGUCGAGGAGCUGCUGCUGCAGAUAAUCGACGACUUUGUCGAAGACACCGUAAAGUCAACCAGUGCCUUCGCCAAGCAUCGGAAGUCAAACAAGAUCGAGGUGCGCGACGUUCAGCUGCACUUCGAGCGGAAGUACAAUAUGUGGAUACCUGGUUUCGGAACGGAUGAGUUGCGUCCCUACAAGCGGGCCGCUGUCACGGAGGCCCACAAACAGCGCCUGGCCCUCAUCCGAAAAACUAUCAAAAAGUACUAGAAGAUCGCAGUAUAGAGAAUCGGAUCGAGGCUUGGUGACGGUUGGCUUGAAUUCGCGUAUGCCACCCGUGCACAUGCCACAAACUAUUUUAAGCUUCAAUGUAGACUAAAGAACAAAUUUACCCCGUUCUAUCGUAGAUGUAAAGUAAUAAAAGUGCAUAUUUGAUUUUACAAUUGGGCUCUGUCAGCAGAAAAUGUAAAACCGUGAUCUCCAAUAAAUCACGAGUACAUAUAAAUAAAGAAGGGCUCAAAUAUAUACCAUA